CGCUCCGCCCUCCAGGGGCCCGCAAGGGCUGGCUCCUCCGCGGCGGGGCGCGAUGGACCCAAGCCCCAAGCCUGCUCAUCUCSGCGUCCGCCGGGCCCGGCCGCCGCCAGCUGAGGCGAAGCUGCCGGUGAACUACGAGGAGGAGCUGUACGACUGCCUCGACUACCACUACCUGCGUGACUUCCCGGCCUCCGGGGCGGGGCGCAGCAAGGGCCGGACGCGGCGCGAGCAGGAACUGCGCACCAACCGGCCUGUGCCCGGCGGCCACGAGCGCAAGGUCGCGCAGAGGCUCCUCAACGGCCAGCGCAAGCGUCGCCAGCGCCAGUUGCAGCCCCGGCCKCGCACUUGCCUCGCCUAAGCGCUGGAUACUCAAAGGACCCGAUAAAAGUAUUUUCACUUAGUCCAGCUGUAACUGUGGUCCUCCAUGUUGGUCAACAGAACUUUUCGACAUCCUUAAGUUUGCCGCUUCAAUCUUUUCCUUACCAAUUGUUAAUUAAGUAACGUCCAAGUGGGUAUGCCUUUUAGAGUUUUUAAUUAAAUAGAACAGCAAGAA